CGCCCAAAUCAACCACCAUCCCAUUGAUCGAACCACUAUCAUCCUCUCUCCACCGCUCCUCCUCGAUAAGCAAAAUCCACGCCCUCACGCUCUCCUCCACAGACCCAACUCCUUUGUUUUUUCUUUAACCCUCUCUCCUUUCCCCGCUUCCCCUCUCCGUCUUUAAUUUCUUGAUCAGCGCUCGCCACCCAUGACUUCCACUGCCGCCGCCGCCCUCUCCCUCCUCCCGACCUCCUCAUCACGCCGGCGUGUGGCCGCUGCCUCUGCCUUUGCCUCCGCUUCGGUUUCUCUCCGACCCUCGCUCCGACGGCUGGGCUUCGCCUGCGCCACGGAUGAUCGUUUGCUGACCGCCCACGUCGCCGACAGGAUCCAGGCGGUGGCUGGGAAGAGCGGAAGAGGGACGCGCGGUGUGGUGUCGAUGGCAAAGAAGAGCGUUGGUGACCUCACCGCGGCUGACCUCAAGGGGAAGAAGGUGUUCGUCCGAGCGGAUCUGAAUGUGCCCCUAGAUGAGGACCGUAACAUCACAGAUGAUACUAGGAUCCGGGCGGCUGUGCCGACCAUCAAGCAUUUGAUCAGCAACGGGGCCAAGGUCAUCCUUUCCAGCCAUCUGGGACGUCCAAAGGGUGUUACACCGAAAUUCAGCUUGGCCCCUAUUGUGCCUAGGCUUUCUGAACUUCUCGGAAUCAAGGUUGAGAAAGCUGACGAUUGCAUUGGUCCAGAAGUUGAGAAAUUGGUCGAUGAACUUCCUGAAGGUGGUGUUCUACUUCUUGAAAAUGUAAGAUUCUAUAAAGAAGAAGAGAAAAAUGACCCUGAAUUUGCAAAGAAGCUCGCAGCACUAGCGGAUCUCUAUGUAAAUGAUGCAUUUGGAACAGCACAUAGAGCACAUGCAUCAACCGAGGGUGUCACCAAGUUCUUAAAGCCCUCUGUCUCUGGUUUUCUACUGCAAAAGGAACUUGAUUAUCUUGUAGGUGCUGUUUCAAGCCCCAAGAGACCUUUUGCAGCCAUCGUAGGUGGUUCAAAGGUGUCAUCUAAAAUUGGAGUGAUUGAAUCACUAUUAGAGAAAUGUGAUGUUCUCCUUUUGGGUGGAGGAAUGAUAUUCACAUUUUACAAGGCACAAGGCUUCUCAGUGGGUUCUUCUUUAGUAGAGGAUGACAAACUCGAGCUUGCAAAAACUCUUAUUGCACAAGCCAAAGCCAAAGGUGUCUCUCUUUUGUUGCCAACUGAUGUUGUUGUGGCUGAUAAAUUUGCACCCGAUGCAGCCAGCAAGGUCGUGCCAGCAUCUGGAAUUCCUGAUGGUUGGAUGGGAUUGGAUAUUGGCCCAGAUUCAGUUAAAACAUUUAGUGAUGCACUGGAUACAACCAAGACCAUUAUCUGGAAUGGUCCAAUGGGAGUGUUUGAGUUCGACAAGUUUGCUGUUGGAACCGAGGCCAUUGCAAAAAAGUUAGCAGAGCUCAGUGGAAAAGGGGCGACAACAAUCAUCGGAGGCGGAGAUUCUGUUGCUGCUGUCGAGAAAGUUGGAGUAGCUGAUGCAAUGAGCCACAUAUCAACUGGUGGAGGAGCUAGCUUGGAGCUUUUGGAAGGAAAAGAGCUUCCGGGAGUUGUUGCAUUGGAAGAAGCAGUAGCUGUAGCUGCAUGAACUUGAUACCAGAUUAUGAUUUCUUCCAUAAACUGGCUUACAUGUCAGAAUUGGUGGUUCACAAUUCCAUUUAAAAAUCAUAUCAUUGUGAUGAUUAGGGUUUCUUUCUCCCUAAAGAACCCCUCAAGACUCGGAAGAGCUUCCUGCUGCAGAGUUACAAGUCUUACUAUUUAAUAAGUAGAUUCUGACUUUUAAAUUGUCACGAGUGGCAGUCAAAUUGUAGUAUCUGGCUGUGUUGGUGAAAUAACCUGUUUAUUUUCAGGUCAGAUUCUAUUUGUACCAGACUAUGAUAAUAGUUUUAAGUUCUUCAAUCCGUUAGUCACAGA